AUGGGUCUCUUCAGAGUCAUUUUCAUCUUUGCCCUUUUGGCUCCGCGCAAGUCCACACAAUCCGUUGUCAAGUCCAUACUCACCCGCUGCAUCUACAUUCGCAAUUAUUUCCACCUUUACACUUGCCAACAUCGCAAUGCCACCUACUCAGAAGUUUCACCGUCAACAGAUUUGUCAGUACGACCUGACAGUGAAGCCUAUAGCAACUUGCUCCACUUCCUGCUCAACCAUAACCUCGAACUGGCCUGGUGUCCAGUGCGAGGAGUGCGCCAACUCCUCCAAUUCGCAAACUUCGCUGUGGACACCAGCGUCCGUGGUUUUUGCGCCCUCGUUGGCAGGAGACUGACCACUGCAUCAGCUUACACUGCACCACCUGCCAUCUCGACUAAUGGUGUCUACACCGACUGCGGAUAUCUGGUUCUGCUCUAUGGUAAAAUCCUCUUCUGUUUCCCACCUCCCCUCACAAAGGAGUUUUCAGACCUUCCCGUAUCCGAAAUCAGGCCCAUGUUCCUUAACGAACUAAAGGUACCAGCGCCGAGAGCUAAAUUGGAAAACCAGUUAAAAGUAAUAAAGAAUGAGACCAUCUUCGUGGAAAUUGGACCCGACUACUUCUACGGACCCUCAUUCUUUCCGCCUGUGUGGAAGACAAACAUGGCAGAUAUUAACAGAACUCGUUCGGUUGGCUUUGGCUUGAGUUCUGAUGUGCAGAAUAGUGUGAUCGGAGCAGCUUUUGAACACCUCACCUCCCAAAUCGGAAUCGCCAAACUCGCCUACAUCCUCGACAAUAGGGGUUGUAAGUGCGUUCAUGAUAAGACCUCUAUCGUAGACAUUAGAACGUUCCAAUUCCUCAAGGGGACAGUGAAUCAAUUCCGUGUCUACCAUCUAUGUGACUUUGCCAACGUUGAGGGUGCUCUCAGCAAAAUUCUCGUCGGCGGUGCCAAUGUUUUAAUUCUCAAUGUAGCCCAGCAAGUCGCUCUGGAACUUCUACGCAAGGCGGAAGAGAAGAACAUCCUUCAACAUCCCUUCCAUUGGCUUGUCUUCAAUGCUGGGGUGACCCUAUCUACGGAGGACUUCUACGUGUACGACACAAACUUCUUUGCUGUUGAAUUCUCUACAAAUGGCAAGCUUACCGACUUCACCGAACUGAGCGCCUUGCCAAAACCCAUAACACCGAAAGAUCUGAUUUUUCGAGACAUGGCUGUUGUGGGACUUCAGAAACUAGCAAAACUGCUCAAAAAAGACGUAAGUCCAACGUUGCCCGCUGCAUCUACAUUCGCAAUUAUUUCCACCUUUACACUUGCCAACAUCGCAAUGCCACCUACUCAGAAGUUUCACCGUCAACAGAUUUGUCAGUACGACCUGACAGUGAAGCCUAUAGCAACUUGCUCCACUUCCUGCUCAACCAUAACCUCGAACUGGCCUGGUGUCCAGUGCGAGGAGUGCGCCAACUCCUCCAAUUCGCAAACUAGACCAGUCGCCGAACCUCGCGCUGUUGAAUGCAAUCCAUACCAUCGUCGCCUAGCAUCCUGCUUAUCAGUGAUUGCUCCGACUCGCGAUAAGCAGCAACUGUUGCUUAUUACUGCAUGUAGCCGCUCCACGUUAAGGAAUCCGGUGCCCCUUAUUACGAGUACUGUGGAUGAUGUUGAUGCGGAGAAAUUGCAGCAAAUAUGGCACUUUUACUCCUACAUGGACUCAAAAUUUGACUCGACAAGUCUAUACAAGGUACAAAUCUCCACCAACGGCUCAAUUAGCGGAAAUUUCCAGGCCCUGAAGCCUCCGCCAGAAAGAGGACUUUUGCUCAGUCGAAUGAGGAGGAAACCCCUCCGCCUCGGCACAGUCGUAGUACCACCAGUGAUAACGGAGGAAAUCGAUGCGAACGGAGCUGUGACCUUAAGGGGAGCCGAAAUUGUCUUAGCAAAGGAGCUUUUGGGGCGCUUGAAUGUGUCCUACAACAUCACCGUCUUUGACACGAAUUUUGGUGAAAAGGUGGAUGGGCGGUGGACUAACAUCUUCAGUCAUCUUGAGCAAUGGGAUAUAGACCUCCUAGUGGGUCCCUUCUCGGAGACGUGGGAUCGAAUGAUCAGUUUUCGAAGCACCACGCCCAUUCGCAGCAUUGCCUACAACUUCAUGUACUUCCGUCCCUCCCUCUCAGCCCUCACGCAAAUUUUCCAGUUUGUCAUCGCCUUCGACGCCUCCGCGUGGUUGCUCAUCUUCCUUGCCACGGUCAGCAUUGGUGUGGCCCUUGCCCUCAUUCACAAAAUCAGCCCCAACACUCACGGCUUCAGUAUCCAUCCCGCUAUUAUCUUCGUUUUUGGUUAUCUAUUUCAGGGAGUGCGAACACGGCCACCAAGUCAGACGUCGAGUCAGAUCCUCAUCGUAGUGUGGUGGUUCUUUUGCCUCAUUCUCGUCAUUGCAUUCUGCGCCAACUACGCCGCCUACCGUUCCUUCACGGCACUGAAGACCCUCCCCACCACCAUCUUCACCCUCCUUCAUCAGGAGUACUACAAAUAUGCCUACAUCAAUGGAUCAAAUAUGGAAUCGAUGAUGCGCGUACCUCUAGACCCGACAAUUCAUGCCCUUUACACAGAAAUCAACACGAAAUUCAGGGAUAUGAUACCGCCUAAUCGAAGUGCCGGUAUUGACGAAGUCAUAAAGGUACUUUAA